AUGGGGUUUCGUGGAGAUGAGUGCGGAAAGUCCUUACAUGGAGAUGGUUUGGGCUCACUCUGUCAGUUAAAUGUGUGCGGCAAAGCCCCCCUGAACCACAAAAAGAUUGUUGAAGGGCAAAAUGCACGUGAGGGGGCUUGGCCUUGGCAGGCCAGCAUUCACACCAUUAUACCUAGAGAAUACAUCUGUGGUGGGACUCUAAUAAAUGCACAAUGGGUUUUGUCCGCAGCUCACUGCUUCGAAGGGUUCUCUGGAGCGAACAUCAGAAUAUACCUGGGACGUCAUAGACAAACAGGCUUAAACCGAAAUGAAGUAUCUAGAACAGUAAUGCGACUCAUCAUCCAUCAUGAUUAUGAUGAAGAUAGCAAAAACAACGACAUAGCACUGCUCCAGCUCUCUUCUACUGUAACGUUCUCUGAUUAUAUUAAGCCAGUCUGUCUGGCAUCUGCUAGUAGUGAAUUUAAUGCGGGCACUAAGACCUGGGUCACUGGUUGGGGCUCGCUUAAUUUUGGAAGUGAGUGCAACUCGAAAAUCAAUCAAACAGAUACUCCAAACAUACUGCAAGAGGUACAGAUACCAGUCGUCAGCAACCGUGUUUGUCAAUCUGCCUACGGAAGCAUCAUUACAAGCAACAUGCUGUGCGCUGGAUUAAAGGAGGGAGGGAAAGACUCGUGUUCGGGAGAUUCUGGAGGUCCACUGGUCGUCAAGAAACUUUCGCGGUGGAUUCAGGCUGGCAUUGUGAGUUUUGGUCACAAAUGCGCACUACCCAACUUUCCUGGUGUGUACACCAGAGUUUCCAAAUACCAGGGCUGGAUCAACUCUCAUAUAAUCGGCGAUAAGCCUGGAUUUGUGUCCAGCUCCAUCCGAGGCUCACCCAAUCUCCUCUUGUUUUCCCUUUCACUUACUCCAGAAGAAGAACUUCGGGCACCUCCUGAGGAUGGAGACAGUGACUGA